AAGCCUGCCUGGUUCCUGUAGGUAAUGGAGAGAAGGGGCCCACUUUUCCAGAGUGACUUCUGGAUUAUCACUGGCUGUGGCCUCAGGGCACUGAAAUCACAGACGCGUUUCCUCCUGUGACUCUACCCUGCAGACAUGCGUCGGGAUGUCCAGGAUUUUCGCAUGACCCCCCAUGAGAAGCAGGUCAUGAUGUUCAGUGCUACCUUGAGCAAAGAGAUCCGGCCAGUCUGCCGCAAGUUCAUGCAAGAUCCUAUGGAGAUCUUCGUGGAUGAUGAGACCAAGUUGACGCUGCACGGGUUGCAGCAAUACUACGUGAAACUGAAGGACAACGAGAAGAACCGGAAGCUCUUUGACCUUCUCGAUGUCCUUGAGUUCAACCAGGUCAAUAUUGAGGGUCUGUGUGGUCUUGAGCAGUGGGCAUCCCCAGCCGUGGCAGAAGCCUGUGGAGAAGUAGCCUGUGAUUGGAUUUGUGCUCUGGGGAGGAAGGGGUGUGGUGAGAAGGGAAUCUCAAGCUUCUCCUCUCCUUCCUCACAAAGGCUCUCUCGGUAUCAGCAGUUCAAGGAUUUCCAGCGGAGGAUUCUUGUGGCCACCAACCUGUUUGGUCGAGGCAUGGACAUUGAGCGUGUGAACAUCGCCUUCAACUAUGACAUGCCAGAGGAUUCGGACACCUACCUGCACCGGGUGGCCAGAGCAGGCACCAAGUGCUUGGCCAUCACAUUUGUGUCAGAUGAGAACGAUGCUAAGAUCCUCAAUGACGUGCAGGACCGCUUUGAGGUCAACAUCAGUGAGCUCCCCGAUGAGAUCGACAUCUCCUCCUACAUUGAACAGACACGGUAGAGGAGAGGAAUGACCCGCUCUGGACUGUGGCCGUCUCUCUCAUUAGAAGAAGAUACCAGGGAUCAGGGUGGAGACGGCCCUGCCCUCGGCCCCAGUCAGCC